AUGGGGCUGAGCCCCAAAAUGGACUCAGCAGCUGCCGGCGGCUUCAGCACUGCUGGGGUAGCUUUGAUCCAGACAGUCCUGGCUGCCCACCCUGGGGGCCUUUCAGAUCAAUCCAGGCAGGAUUCCCCUGCAGUGAUCCAACAGGAAGCCUACACCAGCCAGGCACACCUGGUGGCUAAAAUGGAGAUGACAGAGCAUGACACACCCAGCCAACAGAGCCCCUUGCACCACAAGCUCCUGGCUACAGGGGACUUGGGGCAGCCCCGGAAGUUGCCCCUGACAGGCACUGAUAAGAAGUACCCCCUGAUGAAGCAGCGUGGGUUCUACUCUGACAUCCUCAGCCCUGGAAGCUUGGAUCAAAUUGGGGAAGUAUGCCGUGGUCCCUGCAUGAACCAAGACCUCUUGCGACAGGCCGACCUUGACCAGUUUACUCCAAACGUCAGAACCUUUGAGAUUCCUGAGGACAUCAAGGAAUACCUGGAGCAGCAGUGUAUUGGGUCCACCACCCAGAGGCUCACCCAGACUGACUUCCCGCUGCAGGCCUAUGAGCCCAAGGUGCAGGUGCCUUUCCUGGUGCUGCCAGGCCAGUGCCCCCGCAAGAUUGAGAUUGAGAGGAGGAAGCGGCUGUACCUGAGUCUGGACAUCGAGCAGCUGCUGGCUCAUGAGGGCAUCGACUCCAACGCGCUCAUGCCUAGGCACCCAGAUCCCCACAACCCCCAGACCAUUGAGCAGGGCCACGACCCGCUCUUCCCCGUCUAUCUCCCGCUGAAGGUGUUUGACAAUGAGGAGUUUGACUGCCGGACUCCCAGCGAGUGGAUCAACAUGGGCGUGGAGCCCGGGUCUCAGGACAGGAAACCUGUCCCUGGAAAAGCCCUCCUGCCCACCGAUGACAUCCUGGGGCAUGAGGACCCCAAAAGUCCGAAGCUGAAGUAUGAAUGGUGCAGUGUUGGUGUACUGGACUAUGACAAGGAGAAGAAGCUGUACCUGGUGCACAAGACAGACCAGAACGGCUUGGUGCGAGAUGAGACGGGGAAGCGCAUCCUGAACGGAGGGGUCACCGCUGAAGGAAGGCCCCCCCUCCUCACCUGCCAAUACUGGGUGCCCCGGAUCCAGCUGCUCUUCUGCGCCGAGGACCCACGUGUGUUCACGCAGCGCGUGGUCCAGGCCAACGGCCUGCGCAAGAACACAGAGGCUCUGCUGCUAUACCAUCUGUACGUGGACUGCAUGCCCUCCGAGGGCCGCCAGCUCAUCAGUGAGCAGAGCCUGAGCAAGAUCAGGCAGUGGGCCAUGAGCACACCCCGGAUGCGCAAAGGGCCCUCGUGA